AUGGCUUCCAAGCACGACCCAGACGCCUUCGACAACACCACCAUGGAAAUGCUCAGCGCCAACCUGCCUAGCAACGCCUUCGUCUCCCACAUUCCCGACCCCCGGCUGGAGAGGGCCCGGCAGGAGACGGAGAGAACCAACCAGCUGACUCCCUUGCUGAAGGAAGAGCUCCGCUUGCGGAUUCUGAGCAAACGCCUGGAGAAGGGAGAGCCGGACAUCGAAAUCAACUCGACGGAGCCCAGAUCUUAUGAGUUGACAGAAGAGGAGCAAGCAAAGCGGGAGAGACGAAAAGCUCAGAACAGGCGUGCAGCCAAGAAAUGUCGCGAGAAAAGGAAGAUGAAGACGUUAAGUGACGCAGAAAAAUAUCGAGUUGUCAGAGAUGAAAACCAGCAGCUAAGAAACGAUGUCACUUAUCUUAGACACAAAGAGGCAGUCUUCAGCAAGUUUUGUCUAGAACACAUCCUUAACGGUCAGUGCCCCACUGCGUCCAGCGACGAGCCCACCAGGAACAGACUAGUGACCUUGCUGGGAUUAAAUGUGAAGUAUGUACACCCUUCACGUCGUCAAACUCAGGUCAUGUCAUCGCCCUUGGGCUCACGCACACACCAGAACCAAAUGGAAGCUCUGAGCCCAGGCGUAUUCACUCAGCAGUUCUUCCAACGUCAAGAAGCGUGUACAAGCAUUACUAGCCAGCUACCAAGUGCAGCUGCCCAGGCAGUUUAUCAUGCAGAACAAAACGUUACCGCCAUUCCGGAGCUAGAAGAGCUGCCGGUACACGAAAUCUCUUCCCUGCUGCCCACGGAACCAGAUUUCUCAGAUCACUCCAUGGAGUCUUCCCCGCCGGACUUGUCCCCGACUAGUUUGUUUAACGCCAUGUCACCGACGCCGAUUGUCAUGACUUCAUCUGGGGGUGCCAGUUCUUCCUUUUUCACCCAGCUGACACCAAGUACGUCUUUCUCAAGCAACAACACCAGUUCCUUCUCCUGCAGCAAUGAUGACAUUUUUGUAGCCUCACACUCCGGCGUAAACUCCUUAUGCCCAGAUUCGAUUUGCUCCAAUGGUCAGCUGAGUCCUAAGAUGUCAGCAAGUUACAUUCAGGAAGUUCCCAACUGUAACCUAGAAAUGUCCAGGAAUGACCACGCGGCAAAGAGUUAUGGAGAUAUAAGUUCUUCUCCCGUUAUUGCCUGGCAGACAGGAAAACAUUUCUUUCAACGGACAUACAGCGGUGACCCAAAUCUCAACUCAGUGGUCUCUUCUGACAACUCUAAACCAAACGAGGAUGGACCUGGCGUGCUAUCACGGACCGGAGUUAGCAAUGUCAUCAUCAACACGGCGAAUUUCAACGAGUUCCUCCUUGAUUCUUUUAUCACCAGCUACCUCAAAACUGAACAAACCGAUGGAGUGGACAGCUACCUCAGCAGCUGUGAUGGGGACCAUAUUGCCCAGAUAAAACCAGACUCUCCCCUGAGCCCGGUGUCUCUAUCUUCUCCCCAAGUCAGCCUUUCUCCUAGAUCACCAUGUUCCAUCUCCAUGGAGACCAAGUUCAAGGACUGCAGUUCGUUACAGUUUCAGCCAACUGCUGCCGGAGUUUCACAAUGUUACAAUUCAACCACGCCUAAUCCAGACACACCAGCCCACCACGUUGUCAGACGUGCCUCAUCAACGACCUCUGUACCAUCCCCUCACUUUAAUCACCAGGUGUCAAUCACUUUGAGCCCGCCUCCAAGUGUUCCCUCUCCCAACAGCAGUGGUGUGCCGGAAUCGCCCUCGAUUCUGCCUCAUUAUUCGCCCGUCAGUUCCGCCACUUCAGACGAUUGUAGCCCCGCCCGAUUCUAUGAUACAAUGAAAGAUGAUAUAAACUAA